AUGCCGGUGGCCUUCGUGCCCUCCCUCACAUCUCCUACUUCCCUCUCCGCGAACUCGAUUCGGAUUUUCCGAGCACAGACAAGUGCAUCCGUGUCAGAGAGGACCACGCCGACUCGAUAUCGACAUGUGCAAAUUUAUUUGAUGAGCUGGGCUGGAGGCGGGGCGGACGUGUCUCCAUCCUGGCCGGUACACGGCACCGGCCAACGCAAUCGCACUCCUGACAUCGAAGAAUGCAGCGUCUGA